AUGCGGCAUCUACCCCUCCUUGCUCUCCUAGGCUGCGUCUUGGCCUCGCCUACCCCGGGACGGCCGACUCACCCCUCAAUAUUUGAUGACGACUCGAUUCCCGUCGUAAAUCAACCUGACCUCGGUCUGCUCAACUUCACCCUUGGGCCACGAGACCUGAGCGGCGAGAAACGCGCAUCUGACCUGGCUUAUAUCCUGAUUGACGUUACCUUCGACGGACGGAAUCAAGGAAACUGGCAGCCUUUUGUAGUACGAGGCGGACUACUCGUUAUUGACGGCAUCCCUUUCCCUACGACCCAAAAUGGCUUGAACCCAGUCGAUGUUGUCAUCUCAAUCGGCAGUCCAAUCGGCAGCCCGGUUGCUGGGAGUAUUUCAUACGUUACCAACCGAUAUCUCAACCCCUUCAUUAGCGGCAGGAGGGAUACAACACGCCUCGACUUUGCACGGGUAUCCGCUACACGCAGUACGGUGACCGUUUCUGUCGAUACUUCCAUUGCCGCCGCCAAUCAGAUUUCAGUAUUCAACGCCAGAAGUGGUCUUCUAGCCAACAUCUACAACCCGGCCACUGGAGGUUUCAACCUCGUCUUUGGAAGUAAUGGGCGUAUUUCAGGUAGAAUCAGCAUGACUGGGAGAACGCCUACUUCUGGGGGACAAGCGCCAUACCAGGCGAUUAUCAGCGGAAUAGUGACGCAGAGGGGAAGGAUUGCAAUCUAGAGUGAUUUGAGGCUCUAGUUUUGGG